AGUGACCAUGGAGCUGAAGGAGACAACUUUUGAAGUCACCGAUCGGACUUUCAGCAACGAAUCGCAUUCCAGACGAGCUCGGAUGGCAGUGGACAAGACUCCCCCGGCCACUCACGGGGUUUACCUCCACCCCUACUUGUCUCAUCCGCGAAUGUCCGUCCGCACGUCGGUGUACAGCACGGGAGCGCGUCCUCCGCUGACCUGCGCCUCCAUCCAGGGACGAGUCUACAACUUCUUGGAGAGGCCGUCAGGAUGGACGUGCUUUGCCUAUCACUUCCUCGUGUUCCUGAUGGUUCUUGCUUGUCUGGUUCUGAGUGUUCUCACUACAACCCCGGAGUUUCAUGUACUGGCUCACAUGUACCUCUUCUGGGUGGAGGUCUUCCUUGUGGUCUUCUUUGGAGCCGAAUACAUACUCCGUCUCUGGUCAGCAGGUUGCCGCAGCAAGUAUGUUGGCUUAUUGGGACGACUGCGCUUUGCCAGGAAGCCGAUUGUCGUAAUUGACCUGAUUGUUGUCAUUGCCUCUUUAAUUGUGCUGUUAGUCGGAACCAAUGGACAAGUUUUUGCUGCGUCUGCUGUGAGAGGGAUCCGUUUCCUGCAGAUCCUGCGGAUGCUUCACGUUGAUCGACAGGGGGGAACAUGGCGUCUUCUGGGAUCAGUUGUUUACAGCCAUCGGCAGGAGCUCAUCACAACCUUGUACAUUGGCUUCCUAAGCCUGAUCUUCUGCUCAUACUUGAUCUAUUUGGCUGAAAAAGAAGUGAACAAGGCCUUUGUUAGUUACGCUGAUUCACUGUGGUGGGGAGUGAUAACUGUGACCACCAUUGGUUAUGGGGACCUGAUUCCGAUGACCUGGAUGGGGAAAGCCAUUGCGUCAUGCUUCUGUGUCUUUGCCAUUUCCUUUUUUGCUCUUCCAGCUGGAAUCUUGGGCUCUGGCUUUGCCUUAAAGGUCCAGCAGAAGCAAAGACAGAAACAUUUCAACAGGCAGAUACCUGCUGCCGCAAGUCUCAUCCAGAACGCCUGGAGAUGCUUCGCUGUGGAGAAACAGGAUUCUGUCUCACUCAAGGUGUUUUUAAAGAGACGGUCUAACUUAUCAGCUACAUCCAUGUCAACGGCAAAGAAAAUGGGGAAGUCGAAGAACAAGACGAAGACAGUUGAAAAGGACAACUGUCCGACUGCUCCCGUGUAUCCCGGCAUUGCGCUUGAUGGACGGUGGGAACCACGCUCUGAUGUCAGUGGCUCGGUUGGAGCAGGACAAAGGAACAGCGACCUGCUGGAUCCUCAGAGCUUUGCUGAGGACCUGGAACAGGAGUGCGAGCUGGACAGCCAACUUACACCUGCAAGCACUCUGUCACAGUUGACACAUUCUCACCGGAGCGCCAUCAGGGUUAUUCAGAGGAUCCGUUUCCACGUGGCAAAAAGAAAAUUUCAGCAAGCACGGAAACCAUAUGACGUCCGGGAUGUGAUUGAGCAGUACUCCCAAGGUCACCUCAACCUUAUGGUGCGAAUCAAGGAGGUGCAGAGGAGACUGGACCAGUCUUUAGGGGAGACAUCUCUGUUCCAAAUAAAUGCAGAUCGAACCAGUGACCAAAGCGGCAACUCCAUUGGAUCCAGACUCAGUCGAAUGGAGGACAAAAUGAUACACAUGGAGAACAUGCUGAGCAACAUGUCGAGAUCACUCUCAGUCCUGUGCGGUCGAAGCAACAUUGCAGAGAUCAGUGCAGAGGGAAGGACGCAACUCCAGCCGGGACAGUCGCCCGAUGACCACAGUCGGGACAGCCUGCCCAGCUACAGCCAGCUGUCAUCUUUGCCCUAUGGCAUGGGGAGCAACAGCGCCAUCCAUUAGAGCAGAAGCUGAUAACAUCUGUUUAAUGCUGACUGAGUCCACUGGAUGAAACUGUGCUGAAAUCCUUUUUAUCAGCAUGUUGUAACCCUGAUAGUAUGAGAAAACACCUAGGAGAUUUAACCUCAGUUUCCAAAGUACAUAACGUCCAUCGACAAGAGAAAACUUUAUUAUCCAGUUAUGAAUGUGCCUUUUUUUUUUACCUUUUAUAUAAAUGUUGCAUCACUAUUCAGCAGCGUCUUUUAUCCCACUGACUUAUAAAUAACAAAAAGCAUGGCUAUUACCCUGGACUAUAAGCAUGUGACCUGAGGGCAGCAGAUGGUGACCUUUUCCUUGCAGGCCAUCCACAGGGUGUCCAUACAUUCCUUCACACAAGUGGCCCGUGUGGAUAAAGGCACAACUGACCAUCUGCCUUCUGGUGUCCACAACAAUGGACCCCACCCUUCCUAAAGUGUGCUUCGCUCUCUUGGCCUUUGUGCUGUUUUCGAGGAGGGUCUGACUUCAAAUGGGUAAUUGGUGCUGUUGCUUCGGAAUUACAGGAUACCACUGCAGCUGUCAUCCGUUGGCAAAACAGCCAGGCCAAAGACUUUUUCAACCAAUAUGCACCUUAACAUGCAUUUAUUGUUAUUGGAGUUUUAGCGUAGGAGUCUACCUGACUGUUGUUUUUAACACAUGAUCAUCGAUGACCAUCUCUAACAAUUUAUUCAUGGAGUUUGUUCAUUUUGGAAUCAGUCAAACAUGUAUAAACCAAGCAACAUCUUUCCCUUGAUACGCUAAAAUGUUUCACCUUCCAGUGUUAUUUCGUGAUGCCCUAAUAGAAAUCCCUCGGAGCGUGACGUCGUGGCGCUGAGGUGACUAAUGAACGUAAAAGCAUGAAGACACGCUCAAGUAAAGAUCCUUAAAACAUAGCCAGGGCUCGUUCCAGUAUGCAUUUAUCGCCUAUUAAUCAAUCUGAGAUGUAAACACGUCUGAAGAAAUAUUGAUUUCUUGCUAAAUUGAUUCUUCAUUUGUGGUUGAUGAACUAAGCAGCUAGUCAUUUUCUUGUUAAAAGAAAAGCAAUUGCAUUAAUGGGAGACUAAAGACUUGGGUGGAGAGGAGGGGGUUGGGCCCUUGGGGAGCUUGGGAAAUACAUUUGUGUCAACUGUUACAUGAUAUUGAUAAAUGAAGUAGAAGGAGCCAUUUGAGAUGCCAUGAGAGCCGAGUUUGCAUUAAUGUGGAAUGUAAUGUGGAAACUUGUUUUGGUGGAAACAGCAGGUUUGGUUCAGGCACAUGCCAGUGACAUAGGAAGCUUAGCGUAAAAGGGCUGACUCAGUAGAAAGUCUUGUAGAAAAGACCUGGGGGGUGGAGAAGCCCCCGGGCUGAUUUGCAGGUGAAAUAAAUGGCACACUCUGCUUUUGUGGCCAUUGUGCUGCACUCUGGCCAGAUGGCCUCUUGUGAUUCCUGAUGGUUGAAUGACGUGCAAGGGGGGUGUAUUUAUCAAUCGGUCAGCCUUCAUCCCUCAUACUUGGCCAAGUGUGCUGCUUUCAUUGUGGUCGGUGUUGAUAAUGUGUGUUUUUGGGGUUGAAUCUGAUGUGCUUUAUGCCCAUUUUCUUACAUUUGACUGUCAAACUUAAAAAAGGUUUUUUAAAAUCAAAGACAACACCUGACAACAACUGGAAUUAAGUGUAAAAUGUGGGCUUUUUAGAGCACUGAAUCGAAUUAUUUUACCAGUAAUAAUAAUUGUAGGAAUAAUAAUGGAAUGUAAAUUUAUGUUUUAUUGUUAUAUAAUAGCGCGAGCAUAAAAAUGAUUUUUCGAAGUUCUUUAAGUCAAUAAACAUAUCACAUAGUUCAGAUAGUGUGUGGGCAAAUAAGCGGAAAUGAAGCAAAAGUUUUUGAAAAGACUUUUCUUUUUUUUUUAUUAUUAAAAUAGCAACAUCUCUUGUUAUUUACAAGGCAGUAGCUCAAAAUAGUGCUUUAUAUUUGCUCCAUUAUAAUAUGUUUUCAUCAACAGACAAGAAACAAAUACGAACACCAAAACAAAAUAGUACUAUAAAUUAAACAAACAGAAACAUCCAAUGACUUUAAAUAAAAAUAAGGAUUUAAAUAAAAUAAAUAAAUCAGAAGGGCAGACGUUAAGAAGAGAAAUGAGCAUCCAAGCAUUCACUUUGUUGCACAUACUUGCUAACGUUGAACAUCUAAUACAUGUUCUUAUAUUGUGAAAAGACAAUCAGACAAGAAAAAGAAAACAAUGAAAACACUAAAAAGAAAGGAGAGGAAGUCUGAGUUUGUGGCACAUGAUGCAAAAAUAGUGCAGUUUACAUAGCAGGGUCCGUUGUAGUUGUUGAGUUGAGUCCAAUAAGUGUUGUUUUUCCAGGCGUUCAUCGGAUUGUUUUGCACAACAAAGCUUCAGUUGAACUUGUGUGCAGGAAUUUUACCUUCACCUCUGAAGUCUUCCUGCGUUUCACAAAGAAAUCUAUCAAGAAAAAAAAGAGAGGUUAUUUAAUUAUUCAGGUUUUUCUACUGGUCCGUGUUCAUUGUUUGCUUCUCUCUCUUACCUGUAAUUCUGGCAUUGUUCCUGGACACGCUGGAGGUUUUUGUUAGCUUCCUCUUGACACGGAGCGGGGUCACUUCUGUGUUUUUCUUUGGUGUGUUGGAGAUGCUGGAGCAGUUCUCCUGGUUGGUGGUUUCCUCACAGCGGAUCAGAAUUUCAGUUUCAGCAGCCUCAUCCGUCUGUGAUGACUGUUGGUAGAAAUCAGCUGCAGAGCCUCCCUGGAUUUCCACCCACUGGAAUCGGCCCGGCAGUGGAGUUUCUGUCUGGAAGUCGAAGUUCCAGCGCUGGUUGUCUUGCUCAGAGAUCUCCUUUAAUCUUUGCUUUAAGUCUUGACGCAGUUUAUCAUGGUCUACUGGACCAAACAAACUUCUGCGGACUGACUCCUUGUGUCUGAAGCUGGCCAUCUUUGAAAAUCCAAGUAGUUCCUCUGUCUCGUCCUUGUUGCUCUGGAAUCUUUGCAUCUGCAGAGACAUUUAAAGGCUGCAAGCCACAGUGUCUGUUUGUACACAAAGAGUGGUGAAUGCUUAUUGGCUGAAGGUGGCUGAAUAGGAAGGAUAAGGUGUGGAGGAGGGGUGGUUCAGGGGGGUCAUGGAUUUUGAAUGGGAGACAACUGAGGACUCAACAAAAGGUCAUUUGUUUGUCCUGGUUUGUCUUCAAGUGAAUCGCCAACGAUUGCUGAAGAAUAACUUUUUUUUCAUACUAAAUGGUCGAUUGGAUUUCCAUUUUUUCCGUUAAAUGAUCUCAGAUUGAUCUAAAUCGUAUGAAAAAUAAUGGUGUUUAGUUGCUAACUGAGUGGAAAUGGACCUCUAGCCAUUAGAGAAGCACGAUGGUGGUGAGGAUGAAUUCACAUUACUUUUUCAUUUUGAAAAAGAAGCUGAGAUGGAUUCAGCUACACAAAAGGCGGAAAGAACUACAAACUGCUGACGGCUCAUGCAGAAAAGAGUGGCCAUGAACGGUGUGUCCUUCAAUGAAAUACUCGACAAUUCUAAGCAGAGAUGUUUACAAUUCUAUUAAGAAUGUGUUUGUGAAUGAGGAAGAACAGAAUCCCAUUUCAUUUAAAUAAAAUACUCAUCCUACAGGGUCUGUUAGUAAUCCUUGAUACCAGACGCUUUCUAUUGUCCAAGUGCUAGAAUGAUCUUUCUUUUUUCUGCAACCAUCCUGGUCACACAAGUGUGCUGUUUACAUCAACAGGCUUUCUCCGACCUGAUAUCCAGGUUGUUAUGCGACACGUUCUUGUCUGCAAGGCUGAUUCUUCAGUGAAGUUUGUAAAGUUUGAUGUUUAUAUAAACCAUUGGAAGGAACAAUCUGGACCGAAGGAGGUGGGCAACUUUUCACCACUAUUGUGCAUCACUAUAACAUAAAAA